AUGAAUAACAGAAUUGGACCUGAUGAAUCGACAGUAACCAACUCUGAAACAACACCAUUAAGAAGAUUCUAUGAUCAUCUUCGAAAGAGAAAAUUAAUUUGGAUAAUAUGUCUCAUUAUUUUGAUUGUUGUGAUCAUUGCUGUUGUAACAACUACUGUUUUAUUGAAGAAAACUAAAAUAGAAAAAACAUCAGCAAUAGAGAUAACAACACCAAUAUCAACACCAGCAACGACGAAAAAGAUCACAACUACAUCGUCAUCAUCAUCAUCAUCAUCAUCAUCAACAACAACAGCAGCAAUAACAACAAGUGAACAAUUAAUUCCUUUUGUUAUGAUUGAUAACAAUACAAAAUGGAAACAAAAUGCAGUUACUGUUGCUGGAGGAUCUCAACCAGGAGGUGGAUCAGAUCAGUUGAAAUAUCCUUCUGGUAUUUAUGUUGAUAAUGAUGAUGAUAGUAUUUAUAUUACUGACUCUGGCAACGAUCGUAUUGUUCGAUGGAAAUUUGAUUCAAACAAUGGUGAAGUUGUUGCGGGUGGAAAUGGACGUGGAGACGAAAUGAAUCAAUUAUAUCAACCAACAGAUGUAAUUCUCGAUAAAGAGAAGAAACAUCUCAUCAUUUGUGACGGUAGCAACUACCGAGUGAUGAAAUGGUCUCGUCAAAAUAAUCAGAAUCCACAAAUAUUAAUGGAUGAUACUUUUUGCUGGGGUUUAGCAAUGGAUAAUAAUGGAGAUCUUUAUGUUUCUGACAAUGGAAUGCAUCGAGUCAUACGUUGGCAAAAAGAAAAUAAAGAAAUUACAACUGUAGCUGGUGGAAAUGGAGUAGGAAAUCAAUUAAACCAAUUCCAUUUUAUUAAGUAUAUGUUCGUCGAUAAAGAUCAUUCAGUUUAUGUAGCAGAUAGUAUGAAUAAUCGUGUAAUGAAAUGGAUGAAAGAUGCAAACGAAGGUAUUCUUAUUGCUCCAGGACAAGUUUCUAAUAACAAUCCUAAUACAUUGUUACAACCCGCAGGUGUGAUUGUUGAUCAUAUGGGAAAUAUUUAUACGUCGAAGGCCAUAAAGAGUCGAAUAGAACGUUGGUCGCCAUGUGCAAUAGAAGGUGUUCCUAUUGUUGGUGAACAAGUUGGAAGCAACUCCAUGACGCCCAACCUCCUGAGUGAAUUGUCAUUUGAUCGACAUGGUAAUCUUUAUGUUGCGGAUACAGAAAACCAUCGAAUACAAAAAUUUGUCAUUGAUCUUGACUAA